AUGCGUCAAUCGAAAGAGCCAGCCGAAUGGUCUCCUUCUGCUAUCUACGGUCGCAUCAAGACAUUACUCUUCUUACGCCAUGACCCUGACCCCUUUAACAUGCUCGUUGCUCUUUGCAUCCUGGGAACUUGGUUUCCAUACUCGGCGGAUGCUAUAGUCUUAGAUAGCCCUUGGCAAUGGACAGGUAUGGCAAUUCGACUAGCGCUCCAGUUGCACUUGCAUGAAGAAGAAACAUAUCGACAUCUUCCGAAGCCCAAGACCGCUAUCAGAAUAUGGUGGUACCUUUUCAACAAUGAUACAUUGCAGAUGGCUUGCACCGGGUGUCCUGGCAUGUUUCCAAUAGACGGGACUCGUAUCCCGUUGCCUAAACCGAGUGAUUUCGAUACGCCUGACACCGGGGCCCACGUCUUUUGUGCGCUUGUCUCCCUUUGCAAAUUGCUUCGCAGAGUGUUAGAACUUGGUCGAUCUGAUAAAACUUCGAGAGAAGAAGUGCAGUCGGCACUUGAAAAAUUGGUUCAAUGGAGAGAUCAAUUAACCGACGACUUACAACUAUUCGACGAAAGCAGAACGUCUCGACGUCCUUAUAAUCGUCUCGUCUUGGAGCUGCAUAUUUUCUACUUGGUGACUUCCAUCUUGACGUUCUUCCUUGGCCGACGUGAUAAUUCUUCAUUAUUCAAAUACGCAUCCAUGGCAGCUUCUUCCUGUAUCUCUCAGCUAUACGAAGAGAUCCUCUUCCAUGAGGACGCGACAUAUUUGCUUCCAAUCCACUCCUGGGCAAAUUUGGUUGCCGCUAUCCCUCGCACGUUUGGUGAUUGUGAAUUGCUCAAUCCAGCACAUGCCGAAGAGUUGAGAAUCAGCCAACAGAUACUUGGAAAGAUAGGCGAGAAACAUACAUCCGCUCCUCUGGUACAGAAUCGAAUAGCUGCUCUUAGCGAAUCUGCGACGAUGUGGGAUUCCCCGCCCAUAUUUCUUCCAGAGCAGGACAGGCAGUAUCUUGCUACCUUGUUUCAUUUCCCAGCCGACUUUUGCCCCAUGUUGAACCAUCUAUCCUCGGCUCCAGUCCAAGAUAAUGAUCGACUUGACUCUUUCACGGCGGAAAAUGUAGUCGAUGAAUGGGCGAUCGAUUGGGCCUCGUUCAUAUUUGAUGGUAGCAUGGGGGUCUAG